GGUGUCUAUGCUUCGCAUGAAUCUGAGAGGUGUGCUGCGAGAGUGAACGUGAAGCGGUUGCUGAAAGGUGAACCGCUGAUGGCUGAACGCUGAGCUAGCUGAACAAUCGCACAAGCAUCGUCAUCGUCACCAUUAUUAUCCGAAAACGCCGAAAACAAGUAAUGUCGGUGGGAAGUUUGCGCUAUCAGAAAGUGUUUGAGAAUGAAAACGGCCGCUUUCUUCUAGUCUUAUUAGUUAAUAGCUCGGACAUAAAGUUUGAAAACGUUCAGUUUACUCUCAGUGAUGGAAAUAAUGUUUGGAAGGCGAAUACUUCUCUUGAAGACAUCUGUGGGCUAAGAGGUAGCUCUGAUGAAAACGCGAAGCACGUUAUGAAGCGAAUAAAGAACUCUCAACUGGACAGUGUUGACAAAGAAAGGCCUUCCCUGUCACUGUUACCUCCUGGGAGACCGCAUCAACUGAGUUUUGUCAAGUCGAAUUAUGAUUCUCUUGCUGGCGAACGUUUGAACAUGAUGAUUUCGAUAGCAAACUCUGAAGAGAUGAAAAUGAGCUUGGAACACGAAGAUACGUUACCGACCCUUGUUCAUAAAAAGCCAAAAAUAUCUAAGGUGCAAGUGAAACCAAAAGCUGGAAUGAGUUUACACAAUCCUGGAAGCAGGAAGAUCACGAAAGAGCGCGGUGUUGAUUUCGAUUGAGGAUACAAUAUUUGCACGCUGCUAUAAGCCACACAUACUUUCGGUUUUACCUCAUGAGAAACUUAUGCCUUGCCUUGUUGAGCAUUCCCUUGGUAGGUGUCCGAGAAGACUGGUUCUCUGACUGUGUGUAAAAGUUUGUUAGCAAUAACAGCUGAAGCGAAUCAGAAAACACUCGCAAGAAAAUGCGCAUGAAACUGGUGUCCCUUAAAGUGCUAAAUACAGAAUCUUUAUUUACAUGGCACAGCUUGUAUAGAAAAGAAAAGAAGCUGAAAGAAAUUACAGCACAAGUAUGCUUUUUAUGUACAAGACUUGGCCCUUGAUCUUGUCAGAAGUUCAGUAUCACACUUAGCAAAAUUUACAGCUAACCGGGGCUGUACGAAUAUCCGGAUUUUCGAAAUACCAAAGUAAAUAAUUGUGUAUUCGAUUUGAAUCACAGGUCAAAUAUGGAAUCCCAGAUUCGUGUAUAAUUUAUUUAUGCUGUAUGUUGAUAGACGGGCUGCAUAAUGUUCGGUUAUAUAACUAUUCACUUUGUAUUUGCUUCGUGUACAUAUCUGUUUGCUUUGGUUUUUAAAUAAGUAUUCGCACAGCCCUACAACUCACAGUAUAGAUGAACAGUCAUGUUCAUGUUAUGCUACAUGACAUGGAAGACAAAAUGCAUCUGACACAUGAGAGCCCGCUGAAACGUACAUUGUACAUUUGUCAAGAUAUCAUUUAUGAAGAUAUAAGCUGCUGCAGAUAGAGCUGUUCGAUGAACCUGAUGAUCCUUAUGAAAUUCCUCCUUCACGUUGAUCAGCGAAUGGGCAUGUUUUGUUCCGUCUUACAUUGAAGCGAUGUGGGCUCUGUAGCUGGACCUUGCACGUACACCUGAGAUGUGUAAUGGUUUGAACUGUUUAGUGGAAACAGUGGCAAGAGAAAUAGAAAAAUUGAAAAGUUAUUUCGAAUAUUUUAGGUUGAAGUCGCACACAUCUACUUGUCAGAUAGUACUUUCCAUUUAGCUUGGCACAUAUCUGCAUGCACUGCUAAUCAUCACUAACUGUACCAUGCUUGGAGUCUGAUGAGAAUAGAAGGACGUUUGAAGUGGCACGGCAGACAUCACAGUUGAAGCAAGCGUUCCAGUGGACAUGGUCGGAAUGCUUUGGACUCCCGAUGUCGAAGCAGCUGUCAAAGAUAAUUGAAAGAUAAUCGUGCAACGCUUUUGUUGUACGUAACCGUGAGAUAAGGAGUAAUAAAAGGUUUUCUUACUGUUUUUA